GGAGAGAGACUGCGUAGCAUGGACAGUUUCUUUGAUUGUGUGGCGACGUUAAUGUCCAAUAACUUGAGGUGCUUAGUAGAACGCUCCCUGGAUGAUCUUGUGUCAAUUUUUGAUGUUUAUAAAACUGGAAAUAAAUUUGAUGGAGAUUAUGAAAGAGGUCUUCCUGUUAUGCCUCAACCAAUUAUUAUUAAUGUGGUAAGUGUAGUAAAUAUUAAAUCUGAUUCCUCGUCUUCCCACUGGUUUUGUCCUGCAGAGUGUAUGUGCGUAAAUAGUCAUGGCAAAUGUCAAUUUCCCUGUAAAUAUGAGCUUUUGUGCCAGUAAAUUUCAUUAUUUGCAGUCGAUUUUGCAAAACGUUUGUCAAAAAUGUUCCAAACUUCGUUCUAGAGAUCGCAAAGUCCGUUUCGAAGUUCACAAGUUCAACAGUGAAAUUCACAGGCCGGUUUGUAAACAAGACCUCCGAUCUGAUUGGUCCAUGAAUUGAAAGAAGUCUAUCAAAUGCUUCGUUUACAAACCAGUUUGUGAACUGAUGAACUUGGAAACUUAAUUAAACUUUGCAACUUUGGAUUAGUUUCUCGUCUUAGCAUACAAUCUUCUCAUACAGGGAAUAACCAUCAUAGAUAUUUUAGAAAAGUGCAGUCUGGUGGUGGAAGUUCGGAGGGCAUCGAUUCGUGUCCCCGUCUUAUACGAUCCUUCCAUUAAGGCUCGUUAAUAGAUUUGUUUUUAUUUCUAGAUCCCAGAUUUUGAGAAUGUUACACUGAGCUUCAGUCCGACGUUCUUGGUUAUAAAGAGGUCUAUGGACAACAUUAUUGACACCAUGGUAUCGAGCGUUUAUGGACUUCAGCGUGUUGAAUCUUGUCUUUUUUACGAAGUCGAGGGUGUUCCUGUUAAAACAAUUGACUCUAUGUUGUUAUCCGAUGAUUGCGUUCAAAUGGUGAAGAGUAAAGUAGCCCGAGUUAUUGAUGCUAACUGUACAGGACCUUUGAGGUGAGUUGUCCCUCCGGUGUAUCUAAUUAAGGACGAACAAUGGCAGGUGAAAACGUUGCCGAUGCAUGUUGACGCGAAAGUUUCAUAUCUGUCAAACGCACGCAUACAGGUGUUACGAGGCUUUAUUUAGGUAGUGUAGUGAAUUGUUACAGUGUUUCUAAUUAUUGUUACUAAAUGUUAAUAUUGAAAUAGUUCUGCUUCAAAGUACUCUUCUCGAUAGUCCACUGAGAGUCCACUAGUGAGUCUACGUUCACUCACUUCACUUCACUGAGAAUCCACUGGGAAAUCAUCCACUGAGAAAUCAUCCACUGAGGGUCCACUGAGAGAUUAUCCACUGAGAAUCCACUCGAGGGUCCACUGAGAAUCCACUGACGAAUUUCGGUUGUGCACACCCUUUUAUACUAACGGUUGAGGGGAUCUUUGUACACGCGUGAUCUAGCAAGUGGUGUGAUUUGUAUCUAGCCAAUCAACGUUGAGGUUUAAAAGUGUGGGUUGGUGUUGGUAGCUCGUUCCAGCCCUCAAAUUCUGUUUAUUUAAGGCGUUGUCGCACUUGUCGAGUUGGUUCGCUGUUCAAUCGAUCAAUAUUAAAAUAUGUCCACAACUUAAAAUACUUAUAAAAAUAUCAUAGUAAAAACUUCAAACUAUACCUAUGUGAACCUUACUUUACCUACUAAACUAAAUUUACUUACAAUUUUAUUGAACCAAGAUUUUGAUGACGUAAUGUUAUCAUUACUCAACCGCGCGAAAUAUACCGAAGAAUGAUUGACAGAAAGGCCCUAAGCAUGCAGCGAAGAACCAGCCUUGGACUUGAAUUAUGUAAACACAACAGCCCACCAUGCAAGGUUAUCGUCCAACUUUGACAGUUUGACAAAUUAUUUAUCUUGCCUAAUGGACAGAUAAUUGACACUUUUACACAAGUACGAAAUGAUAUAUACUUUAUCUGCGUUUUACAGCAAAAAUGCUCAUUUUCUCUCCAUUUGACGUAACUAAUAUCUAUAAUUUCCUGGGGUGCAAACUGAACUAUUUUUAUACUAUUUAGAUAUACUUUCGUAACACAGGAUUCAAUCUGACAAACCAAACGCUUUUAACAAACCAUUACUAUGCUCGUUUACAGUUGUUAGGGAAGUCAGAUCUUUACCUCUGUUGUGCUCCAUGUGAGAAUUCGGACAAUGAUUUUUAUCUGGGACUGUUCAUCCUUACUGUUGACAUACAUGCAUCGUUAUCUUUUGACGUCACGCAAAGCAGAUCUUGCAAGAAUAACCAAGAAUCUUCUGUUUAAAACAUAGAAUAUAUACAGUUUGGCGUCACUUUCUCGACUCCUUAGUUGAGACUAGUCUGCAUGGUUUCAGAUUCUAUUUUCUUUGCUUUGUUCUCACUCACAAAGUCACAUGAAACCACGUUCCCAGGCCACUGAAUGCGGAUUAUUUAAAUAUGCCCCACACAUGGAAUGUCAAAUUUUUGUUAAUAUAUUUUCAAACUUUAACACCAAAUACACGACGUUCGAUGGCAACUGGAAGUCAGUGAAAGUAUUUUAGAGAAUACGUGGAAAAAGAAAGAUUUUUCUUCAUAGUACAAGUUGGGAUUUUAUUAUUACACUAUUAACUUCGUCCACUAUAUUAUUUUUCAUUUCAUCUUGUGCUUUUGUAUGUCCACAAUAAAUUGAUGGACUGUUAUAUUUAGCUUUUUUAAUGCUGUGUAAAUGUUAAUUUUAGUUUCCGCUCCGUUUAUUCGCCGUUUGAAUAUUUUCUUUCGUUGAGUUCGGAUGACCAUAUUAAGCUGUUUCUCAUGGAAGACAAAAAUUUACCAGAAUAUAAACAGAAACUGGACGAACUUUACGCUCUUAUCUCAGCAGUGGUAAAAAUGGACUUACACAUUCCUAUGGAAUUAUUCUCACUUGAUUGCACUACAGUUAACCAGGUGCGUUAAUACUGAAUAUUGCAUUUACUGUAUGUUAUUGACCGACCCGUAUAGGCGAGAUCGAUAUACAAACGAAAGAAGCAAAUAUUCUUCGAAAAAUAAUGUUUAGCAUGUACCAGAGCUACUUGUGCAAUUCUAUGUAGCGGUAAAAUGGACAAAUAUUUCUAUUAUGGGGAAAAUUGGCAGAAAUGCAAACGCACGCAACUAGCUUCCGUUGCUAAAAAUACCUACGUUGGAUCAUUAUCUGAGAAAUCAUGCAUUGCAAAAUGUAGAACAGGCUAGGGAACUCACUUCCAGGCCAUGCUUGGUAUACAGAUUAACUAAAUAUAUAAUUUUAAAAGAAAUCUGCAUAUUUAAACGUGGUUGAUAAAUUCGGAAUAUUUUGCAAACGUGAUAGAACCUGGUUUGGAUCAGUUCAUGCCAAUUUCUUACUUUAUUUAAGGAUAAACUGCGGGAUAUGUCAUUUUACAAAGCAGUUGUCACCGAUAUGUCGCGACCAUAUUUACACAUGUUUUAAAUUGGGAAUAUUUUGCAAACGUAACAGAACUUGGUUUGGAUCAGUCCAUGCCCAUUUCUUAUAUCAACCAAAACAGCCGUUUUAGCAGACAAAUAACCACGGUGACCUACCUUUUUUAUUGCAGAAAAUACGUUGUUAUGAAGUUUUGAAUCUUUUUUGUGUCGCCAGUGUAGUUUUCGAGUAGCCUUUCCAAAGGCUAAAAUGCAAUCUUAAAGGCUGAAAUUCAGUUUCUCGAAAACUACACUGGCGAUUUUCAAAUAACCUUCAAAAAAGAUUCAAAACUUCAUAACAGUGUAUUUUCUGCAAUAAAAAAGGUAGGUCACCGUGGUUAUUUGUCCGCUAAGACGGCUUUCAGUUUUGUUGAUGUAGGCCAUAUAGAUGGUGACGUCGUGUUGUCAUGGUAACAUGAAGAGAAGCGAUUUUGGGUUAAAAUUACAUUUUUUACGUAAGAGGAAACAAUGGCUUGUGCAAAAAAAUUGUUUUUUUAGAUUCAAAUAGCUUUUAGUUUAAAACAUUGAUAUAUAUUGGAAACUGUAGGACAGGAUUGACAAACGCAAUGAAUGCAUGUUGUGCAAUGCAAAAUGAAGCACACAUUAAGGCAAUUAACUGAUGUACGAAGUUAAAAACAUCUUUAGUGGGGGGGCUCUGAAACAUGUUGUUUAUAAAUUAUGACAAAAACGAUUUUUGAUAAAGAUAAUAGUAACAACAUAUUUUCAGAGACAAAUAUAUUAAAAGUCGAAAGCAGAACAGGUUUUGGUCCAGUUUCAUUUUAGUUCGAUUAUAUGUUUUUUUCAGAAUUUGAAAGAAAGAGGUCAAUAUCUUGUCAGUCUCUUUACUGAACAACUACGGAAACAAAGUAUGAAAAUGAACAAAUUAAUUUGCCAGCAAUAUGAAGAUAUUGUAGAUUACAUAACGAGAAUUUGCAAGGAUACAAAUAGCUUGGUAGAACAAAUUCAUUACAUUGAAAAUCUUCCGUUUGGCCCUUUGCUCUCAUUGAAUGUAAGUAUUCAACAACAUGUAUAGUUCAUUACCGUAAAUUGUAGUUAAGAUUUUGCCUCGUACGCAGGCGCUAUGCAUGUUGCUGCUAUGGCUUGCGUGGCCUUUGCGUGGGUCGAUGGCAUUAAUUUUAGACAAAAACAUGUCUUUCAAAACAACAAAUUUGUGGUCAAGCUCUGUGUUUUUGAAAAAUGGACCUGUUUUAUAUAAUUAUUUUCAACACUACAGGUGCAAAAAUUUGUACAACUUACUAUAUACAUGUUAUCAUUGGGUUGCCUAUGUAAUUUGUUGUGGGAUUUCAUUUAUUUAUUUAAACCAUACUAGAGCAGCAUGUCUGAAAUUGUGCCUGGUUGGCACGAACUAAUCAACUUCAACAACAUAUAGUGUGAUAUUUUUUUUCACAACUGCUUUGCUAUAUGUGUGGCAUAUAAUUGUAGCAUGACAGCACCUUUAAGUCAUGGGACAGUGUAUGAAGUUUCUCUGUUAAUUGUGUUGUAGAAUCAGCUAGAAGAAGCGGCCAAACUGGUGUUGUUCGUAAUGGAUCACACGUUUAUCUCGGAAGAACACAUUAAGCUGAACGAAACAACAUUUUUAUGGUCCGAGAAGUUAACUCCUUUAAUCAGCAGUAGGUAAGUUUUUAGCAAGGCCCAGUUUAACAUAUACGUCAUAGGCCUACUAUUAAUAAUCAUAUAUUUAAUAAUGUGUCUUACUGCUAUGUAUUUUUUUAAUUCAUUUACCCACCCUAUCUUUCCAUAUUUUUUGAUAUGUUUCGUUUAGUAUGCACAUAAAAAAGAUGACGUCAUAAACUACAAUCUUGGCAAAAAUUAUUGUGGACAUGCAGCGUGCGCGGAAAAUAGAAAUACCGGCCUUGCUCAAUACAUACGCCGAUACGCGUGCAAAAAUAGAAAUUUUGAACUUCCCCCGACCCCCCCCCCCCGUUCAAUGUUGAAAGCUUAUAAAUUGGUUAGGUGAAAGCAUUUUGAAAUGUCAAAAUCAACAUUGGAGGGACUGAAGCGGGGGAAGCAAAGACGCAGACAUGUGUAUAUGUGAAUAGUAAUACUUUAGUGUCCACGGAAUUUUGCCAUGAUUGUAGGUAUACGAUCCUACUCAUCGGCAUGUAAAUUUUAAAUCUGGUAGCACAUUGACAUGUCUACUACUUCAUGUGAUGGUUUUAGGCAGUUAUGCUAAUUAGUCUUACUCAGCUGAUGAUAAUUCUUUCUAAUUUCUUUCACUUAUCAAACCAACCGAAUUAUUCGGGAACGUUACAGGCAGAUUUUGAAACCGUAUUGCGUAUAGGUUUCAAUUUUGUUUAUUGUUAUUUUGUUUAUUCCGCUAUGAUUGUGUAUCAUCAUUUAAUUUAAAAUUACUUUCUUUUAAGUGAGCUACGCGUUAGUCGUCAGCACGACUCAGCUGUGAAUAAACUGACAGAUUGGUUGGCAAGGUUUGAAGCUAAACUUGCAGCUAUAUAUAAAGAAGCGAGAGAUUUUUAUUCCAGGGAAAGGAUAUCGGAAGCUAGGUCUCAUCUUGAGAAGCUGGAUGAGCUGAAAGCUGAAGUGGAUGACCUGAUAGCAGAGGUAUACAUGCAACUUUGUUAUUUUUUGACAAACUGUCCAGAACGGCAGUUGGAGGAAUAGACCUAAUCGAUACAGCCUGUUCAUGUAUGUUUUCACCCAAAUACCUUAUUAUCUGUUUGAUCGCGGUAUCAAAACACGAGAAAACGAUCAAUCCGAUUUGACAGAAUGUGUUUUUGAAAUGGUUUUCCAAGCAAAACGGAUUAAAUUAUCUGGCACUUUUUUUAAUGGAUGAUUAUAUCGUUUGUUUUGUUAUUGUGGUUUCAUUCGUUUCGCAGAAACAAAGAAUUAACGUGGAAGAGAGAUUGUUAGACGUCGAGACAGUAAGCUCAUUUCCUCGUAUUCAAGAGAUCGUGGAGGCAAAAGAACCAUAUGACAAACUGUGGAGGUCCGUAGUGAAGUUUACAGAGAAGAAAGAUGAUUGGCUGAAUGGAUGUUUAGUGGACCUUAAUGCUGAGGAGAUCGAAGAAGAGGUAGGUUAAGGUUUUUGUAAAACACAUGCAUCCGGUAAUGAGAAAACCAUUUUAAUAUUUUAAAACACCUGAUCUAUAAUUGUAAAUUAAAUUUUAUAUUCCAAUUUGCCGUUAUUAACUUCAGUAAGACAUUUUAAUUUGCUCGAUCUGUAUUACCUUUCCUCUUUCUUUCUGGAGGAAUUAGUGGUACAUUCACUUAAUAUUCCUAUUCUCUAGUUCAAAUAUAUACUAAAAAUAAAAACAAUAUUUGACUAUAGGUAUCUGAACUAUGGAAGAUCAGUUAUAAGCUUACAAAAUCCUUCUUCGGCCAACAAGAGCUGAUGGGUCCAUUUCGUGUUGCAACAUCACUUAAAGCAAAAGUAGAGAAGUUCAAGAUUAGAUUGCCGAUCAUCACUGCAUUGUGUACUUCUGGUAUGAAAGACAGGCAUUGGGACAUGAUGAGCAAAAAGGUAAAAUACUUCGAAAGCACACUAGUUGGUCCACUAUAUAUGUAAAAUUAAGGGAGUGGCUUGUGUGUGGGAAUGAGAAUCCACGCAGGGCCUUAACUGUUGUGAGAACAUUUUACACCGAACUGAUACAGCUAUCCAGCGUAAAUGAAGCUGAUGUAGUAUAGUUUGUAUUACAGGAACCACUGAGUAUUUUUUUAAAUACUCGGUGGACACCGGGUGAACAUUUUUAAAUAGGUUCUGUCUACAGCGUACGCCAGGGGCGACUGUUGUAAUGUAGAAAUAACUCAAAUAAGAAAUAUUAAACAACAUUGAAAAUUUACAGUUUUGGAAUUACCUCGAAUUACAUCAUGAAUACGUGGGGUCAUAUUUGGUCGUUAGCUGACAAGAUACUUAUAAAUAUAUAUAGUACGUAUAGGCAUCUACUGUACUCACAGAGUAUCUUACAUAGCAGGAUUUUGACACGUUUGUUCACCAACUUAAUUGACCAAACAUGCAACUUAAUUGACCAAACAUGCACUUUUAAGUGUGUUGUUAUGUUUGGUUUUAUAUGGGUAGGCAGAUUAUUAUUCAAUUGGGGCUAUGUUAUACAUCUAUAAUUUCUUGGUAAAACCAAGUGUUUGACAUGGGCCAAUUUGCUUCUGAUGUUUCCUGAAAAUUUAUAUAAUGAUAGUGAACUGUUUUAUCCCUGGAAAGAUAAAGCUACAAAGGUGACUUCGCUACAAGGGUAAGUCACCCUACAGGGAAGUCACCCUACAAAAGUGACUUCGUUACAAAGGGUGGCUUUUCCCUAUCAUUUAUACUUAAUUUCAGUGUAAUCAUGUGGAUUUUUAAUGAAUAUUUUAGGUGGGCUUUAAUAUAACUCCUAAACCUGAAACAACCCUGGAUGAAAUGCUUUCCUUCAACCUGGACCGCUACCUGGAGGAGCUGCAGGAAAUUGCAUCAAAAGCUAACAAAGAGUUUUCUUUAGAAAAGGUGCGUUGAAAUUAUAUUGUGGUGAAAUACUUGUAGUUUUCCUUGAACAAAUAUUUAGAGAGGAAAUACUAUAAUGCUACUAUUCCUUUUUGUACGUCAAUUCGAACGAGUUUGAGUUAAAAAUAACAUCGAUCACAUCUAAUUUUAUCAAAUCGUGUCAGCUUGACAACCAUGCAUAAUGUCAUGCAGGCACCUUAAAAAUCCUGGAAAGUUUUUGAAUUUGAAAAAAUAAAUCCAUGCGUGCAAAGUCCUUAAAUAUUAUUGCAGGUCCUUGAAAGUCCUGGAAUUUCUUUCGUGCUGACAAUACUUGAACACGCAUUAUUUAGACCAUUGAUUGUGAAUAAAUUAUAUUUUAUAUAUACAGUAGUAGUACAAAGGCAAAAGCCAUGGUAUUUUCAAAAAUUGUUUUAGGUUUAGGUUCUUGAAUUUACUGGAAAACGUCCUUGAAAAUCAUGUGUGGGCCGUGGGGAUGUUAAUUUUCGCUUCUUAGGAAAGCCUUCUGUCCGUGCAUGAACUCACACUUAAAACGAAGGUUUUUUUGAGAAUUGGCUGCGAUACUAUAUUGAGACCAAAUAUUCGCAAUAAGACUCGCAUGUGUUGUUUGUUUUGUAUAUAUGUCUGCAUGGCGUGCCUAAAUACAUCAUGUUCCCUCAAACUCAAGACAAUUAAGACUUAAAUAAAUUCUAUAUGCAUAUAAGAGUGGGAAGUAAUAAUUUUACUGUCUAUACGAAAUAUUAUGUUUGUUAAUAGGCUUUAAAGAAAAUGAAGACGGAAUGGGAGAAUGUACAGUUCACAUUUGUGGCAUACAGAGAAACUGGAAUUAGUAUUUUAUCUGCGGUUGAUGAUAUUCAGGUAUUAUUGUGCACCAGUCGAUCGGUAUGGUCGUUUAUAGGAGAAUCUACGUGGUUUUUUAAACUAUAAGAGACUCAAUUUUUAUUAAUUAUUUGAACUUAAAUUUAAACGAAAAUGUAAAAGCUAUGCUAUGCUUUAAUGAUUGUAUUGACCUCAUUUAGAAUUGUCUCCAAAUAUUAUUCUGGUCUUUUUAAUUGAAAUUUAAAUUCCUACUAAUCUCUCCAAAGACAAACUACGCAUACACCAUACCUGUAUAUAGUCAAAAUCUUUCAUUUUUGAUCACACCUACUGUAUGCUGAUAAAUUAUUUUAAUAAUUUCAGAUCUUACUGGAAGAUCAGAUUGUGAAAACUCAGACCAUGAAAGGCUCGCCAUUCAUUGGUCCUUUUGAGACAGAAAUUGCUGAAUGGGAAGAUCAGCUGGUCAGUGAUAGAGAUUGCUGUAGAUUGAUUGAAAAAUUAUAUAUAAACAUGCAAUAUAAUUUUUGUUUAUCAUACCUUUGAGAUAUUUGCAAGAACAUACUAUGUUUUGCAGUUUUGACACUGAAUGUCCUUAAAGUACUAAGGAGUGUUGGGAAAAAUUCAAGGGUUGUUGAAUUUACAGUAGCUUGUGCACGAGUUUGAUUGUAUUAAUUUUUAAGGAAACUUUGCCUGACGUGUUCCAGUGAAGUUUACGAUUCUUGGAUAUUAUUAUGUUUAUAUAGUGUAUAUAAAGUUUGCAUGCAAAGGAUGAAUAGAGAGAACGAUUGGUCUAUGUCAUUCUGUUUUGUUUUCCAUACUUCCACGUUAAACCUCCACACAUUGUGGACAUUUUAUUGUUUGUGUUUGGUUUGAUGCACCCGUCUCUCUAAUGAUAAUUGCCUUAUACGUUUUAUUUUUGUUUAGAUCACUGUACAAGAAAUUGUCGAUUCUUGGUUAAAGGUAUAACUUUGCCUUAUUAAAACUGGGAAAUAAAAUGACGUAAUUUGAAAAGGACUUGCAUGCGAAAGUCUAUAAAGCGUUGUUUGAAGGGAGGCAAUGAUAUAUUACAAUGUAAGAUCGCGUUUAGAUAUCCAAAAUCUAGGAGAAUAUUUUCUUUCUGAUUUCAUAUAGGUUCAAGCUGGAUGGUUGUAUUUGGAACCCAUAUUCUCUUCGGACGACAUCCAGGCACAAAUGCCAGAGGAAGGUGAAAAGUUUAGGACUGUUGACGGCUAUUGGUAAGUACAAUAAAGAAACAACUUGGAACAGUGUAUAUUUUUUACUUUAAACUUUAACUUCAUUUAUUGCGAAAGAUUGCGCCUAGCGUAAAAUUCGGUCGGUACUUGACAUCCACAACUUUGUGCACGUAUAUCGCGAAUUUUCAAGAUAUCCAGACGUGCACUUGAAUAGAUGAAGUGAUAAACUUAAAAGUGGUAGUAAAGUGAAAGUUAAAACGAUAUAUUAUUAGCUGAUUGUUAUUAUCCCCGAGCCAAUGGAAGCGCCGUCCCGGGCGUAAACCCGGGGCGAGUGUACAAAUUCCGCUCGCGGGCGCGUGGCUAUAUGGUUCAGUGGUUUAUGGGUGGUCAUCUCACUGAUCUAAAAAAUAUGGCUGUUUGCCAGGAGUGGGAUAAGCAAGAUUUCAAUUUGCAAAAACAUAUAUUUGGAAAAUCGUUUCAUACAAUGAGCUUUCAAGCGAUUUUGCUUUGAAGAAAUAAGAAUUGAUUUAUAGUAGUGGAAUAUCAUGAUAUAUAGGGCACUUUAGUUGCUUUGAAUUUUUAAUUAUUAUGAAUUUUGUUGUUUUAAUUUUUUGCUGCGUAAAACAUGCACUGCUUUUCUCUUCAAUGUAUUUAUAUAAGUCAGGCUAAAUUACCCUGUUUAGUUUAAGAAAAAAUUAAAAUGUGAGGGAGAGCAAAUUAAUUUCAUCACCGAACAAAAACUACAUACUCAACAAUUUGGACUUAUUUUGUUUUUAUUAGGAUGAGAAAUGGUUGCACGGGUAAAUGGCUUGUUUUGGUUUAGGUGUAAAUGCCGUAGUGCGUUUAAGGCACCUGGGAGCAAGGAAAAUAGAAAAUAAGUUAUAUAUGAUUACGUUUCCAAGAAUAUAGUGAAAAUAAAACAGAAAAUGCUCUAAAAUGUUAAAAAGUAUAUAGUAUAUAUACAUUCAUUUUAAAAUUCUUCUGGUGACUUUCAAAUUGCCUGAUAUGUAACAGUAUUUUGUACCUACAUAUUGUGUUUUACAGGCGAAUUAUUAUGCUGUCGUCUGUAAAAUGUCCCAAUGUUCUGCAAGUGACAUCAAGAGAUGGAAUGCUUCAAAGAUUGAAGGAAUCAGAGGUAUACGAUUGCAAGUUGGCAUAUAUAUAAAUGCAUAUAAUCCACUCUUUUGGGACGAUUUUUAUCAGUAUGAAUUUUUAAUUCAGUGAUGUAUACUUUCAAUUACUCAUAUUUUCAUCCAUGAAAUACCUGCGGACAUACCUGAUGCAUUCCUAUUAUAAAUUUGGUCCAUUUCAAAUAGGAUAUUGUGAAUAUUUAUCUUGUGAGUAUUUACAGAACAAUGUUUACGCUGUAGAACAUGUUGGAAAGUAUACACAAAGGUUUAAAUGACUAUCUGGAAAAGAAAAGACUCUUCUUUCCGAGGUAAGUAUAACAUACUUUGCACACAAAAGUAAUCAUUAUUAAAUUAUUUUACAAGUUUUUCCUGCACUCUUAAAAAAAGAUGUGCUAAAGCAACACACUUUUAUGUCCAGAAAACAACACACCUUAAGGUGUGUUACAGUAGCACGCCUUAAGGUGUGUUUUUUUUUUGCUUGUCCAGAGGAAAGGUGUGUUUUUUAGAGAAAAGGUGUGUUAGCACACCUUGGUGUGUUGCUUUAACACACCUUAAGGCUGCUGCUGAACACAGCUUAAGGUGUACUGCUUUAACACACCUUAAGGCGUGCUACAGUAACACACCUUACAGGCUAAACAGGGUACUAUAGUAACACACCUUAAGGCGCGCUGCUGUAACACACCUUAAGGUGUGCUGCUGUAACACACCUGAUUGAUAACCUUACAAAUCAAUAAAGACAUUUUUAAGUCAAAAUAAUUUAUUACUCCUAUAUAUAAGGUAUACAGUAUUAUAACACUUAACAUGUGUUUCUUAUAGAAUUAACUGAGAGCAAGGAAUACAAUUACAAGCCAUGUCUUUGUUUUUCCAACACAGGUUUUUCUUUUUAUCCAAUGACGAACUCCUGGAGAUUCUUUCCGAAACAAAAGAUCCACUUCGUGUGCAGCCUCACCUGAAGAAAUGUUUUGAAGGGAUCGCCAAGUUAGACUUUACUCGGAAUAAAGAAAUAACGGCUAUGGUGUCUGCUGAGGACGAAGUUGUUCAUUUCUCCAACAAUGUCAUUCCAGCAAAAGCAGGAGGCCUUGUCGAAAAAUGGCUUUCCGAGGUAAGUUGUGAAUGAAAAGAAAAGGUUGGUGCAUCCAGAAAGUAUCUAUAACCUUCGUGUGAAGGAGGAACAGUAUCCCUAAAUGUACCACGGGUCGUGAAGAAGUCCAAUUGUAGGGAGAUACAGGUAGAUUUCCUGAAAUCACCCUAUUGUGGGAACAGGUGUUUUUGUCUUCAUGCAGGCAGCUGUUUUGCUAAAAAUCGGAAUUUAUUUUGUUGGUAAAAUAAAUGAGCAAUGUUAUAAUUUUGUCACACCAAUGUGACCGUGGAAAUACAAAGCAUCCAUUGGUUUGUUUCCUUCAUAUAUUUUUAAUCAACGUAAUUUUAAACAUUCUCAUCUUUUCAAGAUUGAGAGUGUAAUGAAGAAUAGUUUAAAGAAUGUUAUGGCUGAAGCAGUUAGGUCUUAUUCACAAACAAAGCGUAUUGACUGGGUGUUGGAUUGGCCUGGCCAGGUUAUCUUGGCUGGUGACCUGAUCUACUGGACGUCCGAAGUAACAGAGGUAUGAGAUCGAUGUGAAACAUCUCUGGGUUUUGAAAUGUUAGGCAACAUUCAUUUUGAAUUUAUAGGAAUAUUACUCACUUAAUAAACCCUUUUCGUAAAACUUACUCAUUUAAUAAACCCUUUUCGUAAAUCUGGGUUGGGAUAUAUUUUCUUUGGCUAAAGCAAUACUGUAAUUUUGACAUUUUUUGUUGAAUAUCUUAAUACUAGGCCAUGGGCAAGAAUGGAGGUCUCAAGGAGUAUUACCAGAAGUGCUCAGGACAGAUUGACGACAUUGUACGGUUAGUUCGUGGAAAGUUGACAAAAAUGGCGAGGACAACACUGGGGGCAUUAAUUGUUCUUGAUGUUCAUGGUAAAUUUUUAGACACAUUUGGUUAACACAUUGACAAAACGUUGUCUUGAUUAUCUGGGUGCAUGUGUGAUGGACUGAAUGGGUAGUUCGUGAAUUCAUCGUUUGCAUGUAUACUUCUCUUUUGCUGACUGAGGUAUAUAAUCUGCGAGUGGCAUUACAACAGUCAUUCCUCACAGCUAGUUGUGUAAGUGCUGUAGCUUUAUGAGGCGAAUACUGAUAUUAACAUAAUUCGUAAUAUAAAGAAUUUGCUUUGACAAGGUCGUGAUGUAGUCGCAGAUUUGGCACAGCAUGAUUUUCUGGACUCCAAUGAUUUCCAAUGGAUUAGGCAGUUAAGAUAUUACUGGCAGAACAACGAUGUUAUUGUUCGAAUGAUAACAACUGAAGUCCAGUAUGCAUAUGAGUAUCUUGGAAACACUGGACGCCUUGUAAUUACACCCCUUACUGACAGAUGUUACAGGUAAUAACGAAGAGUUUCAAAGCAUAGAGUUUUACAAAGUAGAGUACAGUUUUUUUAAGUUCUAAUGUUCAAGUGGAAAAAUAUUUAUCCAGAAAUUGUAGGCCACUACAGUCUAUGGUGCAUUGCUCAAAGGCCGCGGAAGCAUCUCGAAAGUAGGGGGGGGGGGGGCACUGACAAAAAGGACAUUUUCCCAUAUAGUAACACACACACACCGCCCCUACAUCUGGGAAGUAGUUCUUAUGGUUUAUGCAUUGACUAUUACAAGAAAUAUAGGUAGAAUAGGGUGUAUAUUUAUUAUACAGUAUCAUAACGCGUAUCAAAAUUUCCCAAAAAACCUAAUUCGACGUUCGUUUUUCUGAAUAAGAUAUACCUGAGAUAUAUCUUGCAUAAUUUGAACUCCAAAGCAACAUUUAGCUAUAUCAAUGUCUAUAUUGAGAUCUUGUAUUUCAGAUUUGUAUUAUACCAUAAGGCACAUUUCAUGACUCAAAAAGGGCACGCCUGCUUGAAAAAAGGGUACAUUUUGGUGUUUUCAAAAAAGUGGGGGGAGAGGGGGGGGCACAGUGCCCCAGUACCCCCAGGUUCCGCGGCCUUUGGCAUUGCUAAUUAAUUAAAAUAGACAUUUUCUAGAAAUAAGUAAUUGGCUACUAAAACGACCGUACAGAUGAUUGCACAUCUUGAGUGGCGUAGCAUGAAUAGCGAGAGCGGUAUUACCAAAACGUUCCCUUAAGAAUUUUGGCCCUUUCAAUUUACCUUUUAAAUAAUAAAUACCCUUCAUUCACAUGAGAUGCAAUUGUGUUUUAGGACGUUAAUGGGCGCGUUCCAUCUUAACCUUGGGGGAGCACCUGAAGGCCCUGCAGGAACUGGAAAAACUGAGACAUGUAAAGACCUUGCCAAAGCUGUGGCAAAACAGGUUGGUUAUAAAUUGCAAUGAGCAAUAUUUGAUAAUGUCAUUUUAGUUUUCAAUUUACAGUAGUAUAUAAUCUUGAUUGGUGACACAAAUGACAUCUUCAGACACGUAGCUUCAUCUUUUAUUUUUUAUUUUGCCCUAGUUUGGGAUUCUUAAGGGAUCUACGAACUGAGUCCAAAUUGGGUCAAUCAAUUAAUAUAUAUUUUUUAAUCUGUAUUUUACUAUUUUUUGUAUAGUGUGUUGUCUUCAAUUGCUCUGAUGGGUUGGAUUACAAGGCAAUGGGGAAGUUCUUUAAAGGGUUGGCUCAGUCUGGUGCUUGGGCAUGUUUUGACGAAUUCAAUCGCAUUGAAUUGGAGGUAAUAUUGGCUAGCAUUUAGACAUUCAGGGCUGGUUGCAUGGGGGAAGAAAAAGAGUUACAGUAGCAGUUAUUUAUAAUUAGUAACUAAUUAAAGCAAGAGCAGUAGCAACAGCGCAAAGAUGAGGAAAAGUAGAGCCAAAGCACGAGUAUAGGUAAAGGCAAGACAGGAGAAAGAAAGAAAGAAAGAAAGAAAGAAAGAAAGAAAGAAAGAAAGAAAGAAAGAAAGAAAGAAAGAAAGAAAGAAAGAAAGAAAGAAAGAAAGAAAGAAAGAAAGAAAGAAAGAAAGAAAGAAAAGAAGGAACAGGAUCAUGGCCAGGAUCUUUGAGCACGAGAAUGACAUUCAUGAUUGGUAUGUCAACGAGAAAGACUAUUGA